AUGUCGUUGUUUACUGGGAUCAAGGGUUUACAAGGCAAGAACUUCGCUUGCAAUGUUUUGGUACAAGUACGUAACUCGACUAAGAAAGCUGCUGGGUCUAGGACUUCCAUGAAGGAUUCUGCCGGUCGAAGGUUAGGUCCUAAAAAAUAUGAAGGACAGACUGUGAGAUCUGGGGAGAUUAUUAUGAGGCAGCGUGGUACUAAGUUCUUCCCUGGUGAAAACGUAGGAAUUGGUAAGGAUCAUACAAUCUUUGCCACGGAACCAGGUGUGGUUCGUUAUUAUUUGGAUCCAUUCCAUCCGAAGAGAAAGUUUAUUGGCGUGUCUUUGAAGAGAGACGUUCCGUUGCCAAUUCCUCACUUUGAGCCAAGCGUGAGAAGGUUUGGUCGUCAAAUUAUUCCAGACGGCUCGAGAAGUCAAGAGAUUUAUGAAAUUGGUAAAGGAGAAAGUAAGUCAAGGUUCCAAAUUGCAAACCAAUCUAAGAUUCUGAAAGAACUAGAGUACCGUGAAACGAAGAGAGCUCAAUUGUCUAAGGAAUUUAAUGAUUUUGUUUCGAAAACAGUGAAGUCACCUCUUUCUGAUUCCGAUACUGCAAUCAAGUAUUUGUUACGUUAUAGAUCUUGCUUAAGAAAUGGCUUUAAUUUGAAUGAUUCACAGUUCAAUGCAAAACAAUAUUUCAUACUACAGACAGAAUUGCUAGCUAAGAGGGAAAAGUGGGACUCUGCAAAAUUGAGCGACACUUUAGAAACUUUAAACAAAGAUAUUGAACUUCUAAACAGCUCAAUCGGGUUUGACAAUAAACACCAGAUAAUGGAGUUUAUCAGUGAAUCAGAUAAGAAACAAAUGAAGAAUCACUUAAUCGAAGAGUUGAAAAAAUUAACUCUUGAUAGUAGUAACUCCGAUUUCAAAUUAACAAAGAAAUCCAGAGAAGAGAUCAAGAAACUAUUUGUAAACGCAUCAAAGUUUUUAACAUUAUCAGAAGAAGUUCAUCUCCGCAGACAGUAUUUAAAACCUGUUUUACCUGAGAACAAGUUUACUGUCUCUGAGAAACCAAGUAAAGGGUCAGUAGUAGUAAGACGUUUCAACUAUGAAAAGCACGAAGUUACAACUAUGUCAAGACCAAAAGAAGCCUUUUUGAACAGACUUUGA